AUGAACAACUACAAGUCAGCUGAUGCACAGUACAGAGAAGGUACCUUGGGUCGAGAGAUCUUCCCGCUGAUGGCUGGCCCAAGUCCGCACAGGAAGUGCUACCAUGUUCAUAAGGACUUGCUCUGCUGGUACUCUCCUUACUUCAAGAAAACCUUGAGAGGAUCGUUCAGGGAGGCUAAAGCGCUCAAAUUGAUCCUAAGGGAUACGGAAGUCGCGGUCCUUGGUGUCGUCGUGGACUGGCUCUACACCCAAUCGCUCCCCGAGCAUGACGAUCCACGCAUUCAGGCUUGCAUCGGCAGAUGGAAUGAACCCAUCACCGGAGUCUACAUAUUCAGCGAUCGGUACGACAUUCCGGACCUCAGAGAACAUGCGAUGGACGACUUCUAUACCUAUUUUACCAAUGACGACGGAGAAGAUAUGCCGCGUUACUCAGUCAUCAACACAGCAUUCAACAACCUCCCGCGCUCUGCUUCGUUAUGCCGAUUUUGUAUCGAUGUCUACGCUAGAUAUUGGAGCCAGGAUCAAGACGACGAAGGAGAGGUUACAGCUCGAGCGGAUCUACCAAAGGACUUUUUAGCUGGGCUGAUGAUAGAGUCGGCUGAAGUGAUGAAGCAUCUGGUCAAAACUGGUUCUAAACCGGCUUUGCCAGAACGAUGCCACUACCAAGAAUGA